GUGCGUUCGGCGGAGCUGGGCGGCGACGGGGACAGCCAACGGUGUCGGGCACCCAACGCCGUCCGCACUUGGCUGCCCUGUCGUCUCUCCUCCGGCCUUCCCUUCCCCUCCAACUGUUUCCUCAACCUAUUGCCCCGCCAAGGGGCCAACCACUCAGCAGCAGCUAGGUGCUGGGUGGUUCUGGUGUCCAUGGCGGGGAAGCAGCAGCGUGUUGCAAUAUUCACCACCGCGAGCCUGCCAUGGAUGACUGGUACUGCCGUCAACCCCCUGUUCCGUGCAGCAUACCUCGCCAAGGCUGGAGACUGGGAGGUCACGCUGGUGGUACCAUGGCUGUCCAAGGGGGAUCAGAUUCUUGUUUAUCCUAACAAGAUGAAGUUCAGUUCGCCCGCGGAGCAGGAAGUCUAUGUGCGGCGGUGGCUUGAGGAGCGGAUCGGGGUGUUACCGAGGUUCGACAUAAAGUUCUAUCCUGGGAAGUUUUCAACUGAGAAAAGGAGCAUUCUACCUGUUGGGGACAUCAGUCAGACCAUAUCUGAUGACAAAGCAGAUAUUGCAGUUCUAGAAGAGCCAGAACAUCUUACAUGGUACCAUCAUGGACGGAGGUGGAAAACCAAGUUCCAAAAAGUCAUCGGUGUUGUUCAUACGAACUAUUUGGAAUAUGUGAAAAGAGAGAAAAAUGGAUAUAUCAGUGCAUUUAUCUUAAAACACAUAAAUUCGUGGGUUACAGACAUCUAUUGCCAUAAGGUUAUAAGAUUGUCUGCAGCAACUCAGGAUGUCCCUAGGUCUGUGAUUUGUAAUGUUCACGGAGUCAACCCCAAAUUUAUUGAAAUUGGCAAAUUGAAACAUCAGCAGGUAUGCCAAAGAGAGCAGGCAUUCUUCAAGGGUGCAUAUUAUAUCGGAAAGAUGGUAUGGAGUAAAGGUUACACGGAGCUUCUUCAGCUGCUUCGUAAGCACCAAAUAGAAUUGUCUGGCCUUAAAAUGGAGUUGUAUGGCAGUGGGGAAGAUUCUGAUGAAGUAAAAGCAACAGCUGGGCGACUGAGCCUAGAUGUUAGAGUCUACCCAGGCCGUGAUCAUGGAGAUUCAAUAUUUCACGACUACAAGGUUUUCAUAAAUCCAAGCACAACAGAUGUGGUAUGCACAACAACUGCAGAAGCUUUGGCAAUGGGGAAGAUUGUGAUCUGUGCAAACCAUCCUUCAAAUGAAUUUUUCAAAAGGUUUCCUAAUUGUCACAUGUACAAUACUGAGAAAGAGUUUGUCAGGCUAACAAUGAAAGCAUUGGCAGAAGAGCCAAUCCCACUGUCAGAUGAUUUGAGGCACGAGCUUUCCUGGGAGGCAGCGACAGAAAGAUUUGUUAGGGUUGCUGAUAUUGCACCAUCCAUGUCUGUCAAGCAACAAAACCCCACUUCACAGCAUUUCAUGCGCAUCUCCCCAGAGGAACUGCAGAAGAACAUGGAAGAGGCGUCAGCAUUUUUCCAUAACACGAUCUCUGGAAUUGAAACUGCCCGAUGUGUGUUCGGUGCAAUACCAAAUACCCUGCAGCCGGAUGAACAGCAAUGCAAGGAACUUGGGUGGAAUUUGCAGGGAUAACAUUAGCUUCUCUUGCGAUGCUAUGACUAACCAGUCCAGUUGUCGGCUGCGGAACUAACUCAGCAACACGAAAACUGUCACUCGAAAAGGAACUAAGAUUGAUCAGGCAGCUCUUAUUGCGAUUUUCUGGUGUGGCAGUACUCGAUUUUUCUUGGCAAAUCGGAGGCGUUCUGAAGUUCGUAAUGCAUAUCGUGCAAUUGUAAAUCUAAAGCAGGUGAAUGCAAAUCCGUGUUAUAUGUUGGCUUCCUGAUUGGCACAUGCGUCAACAUUGCUCUUAUCCCACUUUAAAACUAUGUGCCAGUUGAUUAAACUUACCAUGUUUCU